GAAUGCUGUCACACGGUGUAGUUUCGGAUGGCAGGAACACUCUGGAAUAGACUUGGGAUUUAAACCGGUGUCUGCACUGGGAAAGCCGAUUCAUUUAACCCAGACACAUCUUAGCGGACAUUCUUUGGGGACAAAUCUAAACUAUAUACAUAUUUUUUCUAUACAUGCCAAAACUAGGCAACCUUGUGGAGGAUUCUGAGACAUUGUCGCGAAACUUUGAGGUUUUCGCCACAAUUAUUGGCUAUCGAAUGGACCAGCAUCCGAGCGCCCGGAGCUGCAGCAGUCGCGGAACUGCGCCGUCCUGCGAGAGCGUCUCCGGCGAGCCCCCCAUGAAUUUGUACAUCCACUCCACCACCGGCACACGCUUCGAGCUCUCCCUUCCCGCAGAAGAGACCGUGGAAGGGCUAAAGAGAAGACUCUCUCAAAGACUGAAAGUCCCCAAAGAAAGACUCGCUCUGCUACACAAAGAAACACGCCUGAGUUCAGGAAAACUUCAAGAUUUGGGAAUAACGGAUGGGAGCAAGUUAACGCUGGUUCCGACAGUUGAAGCAGGCCUAAUGUCUCAAGCAUCAAGACCUGAGCAGUCAGUAAUGCAGGCGCUGGAGAGCUUGACGGAAACCCAGGUCAGCGAUUUCCUGUCUGGCCGGUCUCCUUUAACCCUGGCUCUGCGAGUAGGCGAUCAUAUGAUGUUUGUCCAACUGCAGUUGGCAGCGCAGCACUCGGGCGGCCCACAGUUACAGCAUCGGCAUCUCAUAUCACGCGGGAGUCCAGAAGGCACAACAGGACAGUCUCAUGGAGCUUCGGGCUCUGCCUCUGGGAUGGCGAGGGUUUCACACAACCCCCACCCACAUCACCCGCACCCACAUCCUCACCAUCCAAACACAAAGCUUCCAUCUAACCCUGCGGCCUUCCCACCUUCCCCCUCUAUCCCAUCUGUUCCUCCCAUAUACCCCACCUCAGCCUCAGGCCACUGUAGCCCUCCACCGAACCCCUCUCAACUCCCUGGAAGUUUUCUUCACUCCCCGCAGCCAUCUUCGGCCUGUCCCACCUCUCCAAGCAGCCCCAGUCCUGCAGCUUCCUGUCCAGAGGCCAACUGCCCAGCAAAGACGUCUGGCAACUGUAACACUCCCUCGCGGUCCCGCAAACCAGGCGCUAUCAUUGAAAGUUUUGUGAACCAUGCUCCUGGAGUCUUUUCCGGGACAUUUUCAGGCACUUUGCAUCCCAACUGUCAGGACAGCACCGGACGUCCCAGGCGGGACAUAGGCACCAUCCUCCAAAUCUUGAAUGACCUUUUGAGUGCCACCAGGCAUUACCAGGGCAUGCCACCAUCACUCACGCAGCUCCGCUACCAGACCCAGUGCAACAGCCCAAGUUCGCCAGCACCAUCACCACCGCCCUCACCUCCCCACACUCCCGGAAUAACUGGCCUGCCUACCAGAGUGCCCUCUGAGACUCAGCCCACCCUCCACCCACUGGUGCAGUGCCAGAGCCAGAUCCGCAUGUGCAAGCCUCCUGGGGACCGAUUGCGUCAGACGGAGAACCGUGCCACACGCUGCAAGGUGGAGCGACUGCAGCUGCUCAUGCAGCAGAAGCGUCUGCGCAGGAAGGCCCGGCGAGACUCUCGUGCCCCGUACCACUGGCUCCCCAACCGCAAGGCCGGGCGCAGCAACAGUAACAGCAGUAUGUCUAGCGAAGGCUCCCUGGACCUGGACUUUGAGGACUCUGUGUGGAAGCCGGACGUCAAAGCUGAUAUGAAAUCGGAGUUCAUCAUGGCCUGAAGCCGCAAUGGUUGCACCAUUUUCAAGGAAGAUUGGGGUUUACACUUUAGAGAGGAGAAUUUCCGAAGACUGUACACACAGACGCACAUUCAGAAUAUGGUAGGCUUUACUCCUCGUCUAUCCUGUGACCACAAAGACUUUACACAAAGGAAGAUUCACAGACUUUUACUUACCUUACGUCCUUGAUAGACUACGAUCUUGGAACAGACUAAAUUUCCAAAUGACGAUGUUUGGAUAUGGAUUGGACUGAUAAAUAGACAGAAUUUGGACUCUGAACGUCCAAGAAGUAAACACAAAUGAGCAUAGCAGACGUCAUCGGUGUUGGGAUUUGUUUUUCUCUUUCCUUUUUUAUGUUUUUCUUUUUUAUCCAGGGGAAAGAUCCAUACAUGCCAAAUAAAGGGCAUGAUGAACUGACAAAAAUCAGAUACUGAUCCUACUUCCUCCUUUUUUCGUUAUGAAUGGGCAUUCACAGUUCAAGAAUCAUUUGAAGGGGGUUAUCUUUGUUUUAAAGUCCUGUUUUUCUUGAAUCAUGAUGAUUUCUGAAACAAUAUGUAGCAUUACCCACAAAGCAUUCAGGUUUUUUAUCUUGUAGACGAGGAGGGUUCAUUUGCACACACACCUGUGAUUUGAAAUAGACAAAUGAUAUCAUAACAUAAGCAAGAAAUGGCACAGUGCAUGUUUAGUAUAUAAAUGUACAAAAAAAUACAAAAAAGUAUUUCUCAACAACAGCUCAGUAGAGUCAGAGGUUCAAGUAGGAAACUAGAAUAUGAAACGAAACAAAAAUAUGCUGAUGUGAUUGAAGAUGUGAGGCUUGUGAAGUUGGUUGUUAUUAGUAUAUAUAUAUAAAGAACGACUUUUCUUUUUUACCUCCGCGAAAUCAAACAAACCAACCAAAUGUAAAACAGCAGUUGCUCAGCAAGGCUCAAGUCAAGCUGUGAAAUGAAUCUGAUGUUUUAUAAUCAUUUAAAUACAUUACUGUCUAAAUGUGUAUAAUAGAGAGAGUGGUGGGGUGCCAGAGGAAUAGUUUACAAAUGUGCAUUAUAAUGGCUGAGGGGAAUCUCUCAUUUAUGCAUUCAACUAAAACGACCCGCCGUUCAAUGGUUUUAUUCCAGCAAACACUGACAGUUGUGACACAAUUUCAACAAGAUUACCCUUAUUUGUGCGUUCGGCCAGACUUCUUUGCAGAUUCCCACGUAAACAUCCAGACAGGAGCGUAUCUCCCCCUUUACACUCUGAUAGUGCCUCAUAUAUAGACGUACUGACAUAUUCAAUCAGGCGUUCCACAGACAGACGGUUCUGCUGCUAUAUGGGACUUCUCUUUGCAUGCAAAAGUGUGAAUUAUCCUGAUCCUUUUUUGUAGAAAAUAAUAAUAAUAACAAUACUGAGAAACUGGUGCUGAAAAGAAAAGAUAUACAAGCAUGAAUUUGUGAAAAAUGGGAUGGGAUGGGAUGGGAUGGGGUGGGGACCCAGACAUUUGCCCCAGCUAUUUGGGAUUUUCGAUUUGGAAACGAGAUGUUACAUAUCGGUUGCAAACCAAAACAGGACUGGAAUUCUACUGUACAUGGAUCAUUUCUGGACUAACUAAGGAACAAUGGAAUAUUUUCUACUCUCAACAUCCAAGGGAUUCUCAGAGCAACCCCCAACACUCCCAUUGACCUGUCCAGAUGGGGACUGACCAACCAACAUUCGCCCCUAAUGACUACUUGGAAAUAAACGUGAAAAUGUCCUAAACCACAUCAAUGUUGCACUCACUGAGUUUGCAAUGAGAUUACCUACCUGAAAGGGAACAUUGUCUUUUCCUUUUUUUUCUGUUCAAGUGGCCUUAACGUUCAUUAUCUAAACACUUGCAGAGUGGUGGACAACAUAGGGAUGUUUCUUUUGUUUUUGUCCUGUGAUUUUGUUAAAGCAUCACUUUUUCUGGGGCAAUUUUUGUGUUUAGGAGGUGGAGGCUCUAUUAUGUCAAGGCUUCGGUGCCUUAAAGUUUUGCCCUAUCGGUGUGUAAAAAAAAAAAAAUUCUGAACAAAUUAUUCGCAUUUAUGCAGGUUUUUAUCAAUUUAUAGGAGCUCUGUUAGAAUAUUGUCUUUUAUGAUUGUUACAAGUCACAACCUGGAGGUUAAACAGGUUCCAUCAGUGUGUUCCGUUGUUUGUUUGAUUACGUCCCUUGAACCCUGCUGUCCUACAAAGAAGCAACAAAUUUAAUUGAAAAAAGGAAGUUUCAACUGCAGUGCUAUAGUGACAAAGUGCCCUAACUCUCAACUGAGAAGUCCUUUAAGGACACAUUGACAACAUGCACUUCCCUUCUUCUCAGAUAAAUGACUUAAAGGACAAUUUCUCCCUUUCCCCCCAAGAAAAUAAUUAUUUAAUUUUUAUAUAUGUAUGAAAUAUACUCUGUGUGUGCCUCACCUAUAUGUAAAGCGGUAAAAAAAAAAAAAAAGAAGUGAAAACUGAAAAAAAAAAAACAUAGGAGAUGAUCUGAUUUUUAGGAUUGGGUAAUUGAAUGAGGGUGGAGGGAGGGAACGGGGGGCAUUUUCAAUAGUUUGUUGGAGUUCUGAUCACAUCAUUUAAGUUGCCUGUUCUUUCUUGUAGCCAAUGAAAACUGAUUACAAGAGUCAAGAAAAAAAAAACAAUUUACAAUGUUCUAGCUAUAGACCGGUGUAGCACAUGUGUGACUGUAUUAAUUUAUGAAACCAAAAUGGUAACUGUGAAUUAUGUAUUUCUUUGUGCUUUUUUUUUAAAAGUGGGAAGAAGGCGGGAAAAAAGGGCGUUGCUGUGCCCUGUUUUGUUUUUGUGGAAUAUAAUGGAAAUAAUCGAGUAAAAAAAAAAAAAGGAAAAUAUCUAAAUAUAUUUUUUUCUUAAGCAAUACA